GUAUGAGAUCCCGGAAGCCCGAGCCUGUUCCUCAUGCUGCCAUUCCAGAACUUAGUGGAGCACCAGAUAGUGCACGUCCUGCUGCUGAUGAUGAGGCCGCUUCGGAUCCACCGACAUCGCCAAGGUCUCAGUCUGAGCACUCGAGUGUUCAGACAGGAGGGGAUUCGAUUUCAACGGACAAAUCCUCACCACCAGGGAGCGCGGAAGCAGUGCAGGAGGAGAACAUGGACACUUCAGCCCCGGCACCGAAGCGUUCCCAGCAGGAGCCCAGUGGAGAGCUUGGAGGAUCCUCGGAGGAGCCAUCUAGCAAGCAUCAACGGUUGAUUCAGUCCGUUCAGGUCGAUGGCGACGUGCUCUACACCUUGGAUGAGGAUUGGGGUGAUUAUCCCGGUGAUCAUAAUGAACAUUUGGAGGCCCAGUGGGAAGAGAGUGAUGAAGACCUGGAUUGGUCAGACCUGAAGGAAUCUGAUGGUCCACCCGAGUUGUCGGGUGAACAGCUUGCUGCUGUUGAUCAUGAUGCAGAGUUGGAGGAAGUCACAAGGUCUGAUGUCUACGCACCUUCCACGAACCCCGCAGUAAGCCGAGUUGUACCAUUGCUCUUCACAUCCAAGCCUGGAUGGGUCAUGCGUGCCCUUGACAUCAAGGAUGCUUUUCUUUGUGUUCCGCAAGGCGAGGAGCUCUAUGUGACCUUAGGUGGAAGGACAUAUCAAGUGCUGUACUGCCUCCCAGGCCAGCAAGCAGCAUCAGCUUGGUGGGGUGAGCAGCUCGCGGGUGACUUGAAGUCGGCAGGCCUUGCGGUUGAUGUUGCGUGUCCAGCCGUGCUCGGACAAGAGUCAGCAGGAGCCACAGUUCAUGUGGAUGAUGGAUUGCUCGGAGGCAUUCCUCAUGCAGUUGAUGCGGUGGUUGAGGUUCUAGAAAAGAGAUACAAGGUUCAGGUGUCCGAUCCGGUUUCAAAGCCAGGUGAUACUCUAAAGUUCUUGAAGAAGGAUCUCACGGUGACCAAAGAUGGGUUGGUGGUGCGCUUGGAUGAGAAAUACCUCAACAAAGUUUGCGAGCACCUGAGCAUCACGAAUCCGAGACAUCGACGUGUUCCAUGCACUCAGGACAUCCUUGGAAAGGACGACAGCCCAGAACUACCAAGUGCUCAGGCAUCGUUGUUUCGG